AUGCGCGGCUCAAGAGUCCUCCUCCAGACGGCCAGUUGUUCUAGAGACGCCGUACGCUGCAGUCCCUUGGGCCUCAAUCUCUCGUCACGAUGUCUCGCAACCGAUAGCAGGGCGCUGUUGGUACGUCCCGUGGCCUUCGCCAGGCAGUACCAUGCCGUUCCACCACCGGUGUUCGGUGGAAACAGGCUUCAUAGAUGCGGAAUUUUUACUCCUACCUCUUGUCCAGAUGUCCUCGGAAAGCUCCCCCGAAACGCCGUGUUCCCCCAAUCCUCGAAUCACAUAUACAGACAGCUCCGUUUUGCUACUGGGAAGAGCUCUCCGGGUGAGAAUGGCUCCUCGCAACUUCAGGAAAGUACAGCUCCGGUGGUGAAGGAGGUCGCUCAAGCAGAAGAAAUAAGUCAAGCGUUCGAGCGGUCUGAAAGAGCAUCCCAGGCUGCUCAGAUAAACCUAAGCGCAAGGCUGGCAAAGGACGGACUGGCCUCGGGGAAGAAGUCAGGUCUUCGAGAGAUAUGGAGGCUGAUCACAAUUGCACGUCCAGAGGCUAAGGUCCUCUCUGUUGCCUUUUUGUUCCUUCUCAUCUCCUCGUCGGUAGCCAUGUCUAUACCCUUUUCUAUCGGGAAGAUCCUUGACAUUGCGACCAGCUCCAAUCCCAAUGCUUUGAAAGAUUUCCUAGGGAUCAGUCUCCCUGUCUUCUAUACAGCACUGGGAGGAAUUAUUCUGCUCGGAGCUGCUGCAAACUACGGAAGGAUUAUCAUCUUGCGAAUUGUUGGUGAACGAAUUGUUGCCAGACUCCGAGCUAAACUCUUCAGAAACACCUUCGUUCAAGAUGCCGAGUUCUUUGAUGCAAAUCGAGUUGGUGACCUGAUCUCCCGGCUGAGCUCUGAUACAAUCAUUGUGGGGAAGAGUAUUACCCAGAAUCUCUCAGACGGUCUACGAGCAGCUGUCAGUGGCGCUGCCGGGUUUGGAAUGAUGGCAUAUGUCAGUUUGAAGCUCUCAAGUGUUUUGGCUCUUCUUUUCCCUCCAAUUGCUCUUGCGGCUUUCUUCUACGGACGAGCAAUCCGUAACCUCAGCCGGAAGAUACAGAAGAACGUUGGUACAUUGACCAAAAUUGCAGAGGAACGACUUGGCAAUGUUAAAACAAGUCAGUCCUUUGCCGGCGAGAUCUUGGAAGUUCAUCGAUACAAUCGCCAGGUCAAGCGAAUAUUUGAGCUUGGUAAGAAAGAGUCAUUCAUCAGUGCAACCUUUUUUAGCGGCACAAGCUUGAUGGGAAAUGCUACAAUACUUGCCCUCCUCUAUGUUGGUGGUGGAAUGGUUCAGUCACAGGCAAUUUCAAUCGGAGAACUCACCUCCUUUUUAAUGUACACCGCGUACGCUGGAUCCAGUCUUUUUGGCCUUUCGAGUUUCUAUUCAGAGCUCAUGAAAGGAGCUGGAGCUGCCAGUCGUCUGUUCGAAUUACAAGACCGCAGACCUAAGAUAUCCCCUACCGUGGGUGACAAGGUUACCUCAGCUCGUGGGCCUAUCAGAUUCAAAAAUGUUGCCUUUAGCUAUCCUACUCGACCAGCUGUCACCAUUUUCAAAGAUCUGGAUUUUGAGAUACCGCAGGGUAGCAAUGUGGCUAUUGUUGGACCCUCAGGUGGUGGAAAAUCCACCAUUGCGUCAUUGCUACUUCGUUUCUACAGCCCAACUCAGGGCCAAGUCUUCAUCAACGGCAAAGAUGUUGCAACCAUGAACGCAAAGUCUCUCCGAAGGAAGAUAGGAAUCGUUGCCCAAGAGCCAGUGUUGUUCUCUGGCUCCAUUGCGGAGAAUAUCAGCUAUGGAAAACCUGAUGCAACAAGAUCUCAGAUAAUCGCUGCUGCCCGCAAGGCAAACUGCCAGUUCAUCAGCGACUUCCCUGAUGGUUUGGAUACCAAUGUUGGCCCCAAAGGAGCACAACUGUCCGGUGGCCAAAAACAGAGAAUUGCCAUCGCUCGUGCUCUUAUCAAGGAGCCGGAUAUCCUCAUUCUCGAUGAAGCUACCUCUGCGCUCGAUGCCGAGUCCGAAACCCUCGUUAACAGUGCUCUUGCAGCUCUGCUCCGUGAGAACAACACCACUAUCAGCAUAGCCCAUCGAUUAUCCACCAUCAAACGAUCUGACACCAUCAUCGUUCUUGACUCGGAGGGCAAAGUUGCUGAAAUGGGAUCUUACAAUGAUCUCAAUUCAAGACCAGAUGGUGCCUUUACCAAGCUGAUGGCCUGGCAGCUCAGCGGCGGCGAAGGAAUUGCUGCUCCCGCCCACCCCAACAAGCCAAUCUCUCGAGGGCCGCCAUCAGAAACAGAGCAUCUACAGCAAUUGCUACAAGAAGGUGAAGACGAGGAGUACGAUGAAGCCGAGACUGAAGACGAGCCAAGGCCCACUGAUGAAAUUGAAAAGAAAUAG